AUGAUAAGACCAAAGCUACAAUGUUUUAAUGAGGCUUUGUUGAUAUUCCAGUUAACAGAUAAAAUUGAAAUAAAUGGCGAAUUAAGUGAAGAUAUUUUAAAUUUUAUGAAUAUACCUAGAUGUGAUGUAGUAGCUGCAUUUGGUAGUUAUAGUAUCAGUAUGUAUAAAUGGAAUAAGAAAAAUUUGAAUUGGCAUUAUAAAGGUGCUAAUAAAAAGGAAGUACAAGAAACAGAUGCAGCAUUUCGUUUAUGGCAAAAAUACAUUAAUAUUUUGUUUAACAAUGACAAUGGACAAGAUGAUGUCUUGGGUCAUGCUUUUUCCCCAAAUAUUAAUAAUGAUCCAGUAGAAAUACAUAUGGAUGAUAAAGAGAUGUGGUACUUGAUAAUUAAUGCGGAUACACCAAAAAUUCAUAUGAAUCUAUUUGAAAUAUUAGUGCAUGAAAUUGGUCAUUCAUUAGGUUUACGACACACAGAUUUGUACAGAUCAAGAGAUGUGGUACUUGAUAAUUAA